CUCUGGUUCCUUUUGCGGCUCUGUGCCCUUAUCUGAAAGUUGGCAACUUCCAAUUGAGACUUCUAAAAGUAUCUGGAAAGAAAGAGUUUGAUGUGAAGCAGAUCCUGAGGCUCCGCUGGAGGUGGUUCAGCCACCCCUCGCAGAGCUCCGCAGGCACCGGGGGCUGCCACCAGCAGGAAGGAUAUGAGCACAGAGGGACACCGGUGCAGAACAGGUUGAAGAACCACUCACGGGACAGAAAUGGGCUGAAGAAAAACAGCAGUCCUGUCCACCACAAUAUAUUGGCGCCUGUGCCCGGUCCAACUCCAGCGCACCACCGAUCGAUUCAAACCUGGCAUCAACAAAACCUCAUAGAACAGCUUCGAUCAAAUGAAGAUAUUCCCAAAGCAAACACAGAGGAAAACUGCGUCAAGGAAGAUUCAAGUAAAACCCCACAGGAGUUGCAGAUGAUCACAGAGGAAAAUUCAGAUGAAUCUGCAGAGAGGCUGUCUAUGACCAGCAGCUCACUGCUUGGCAUGAACACCAAUGGCUCUGAGGAGUACUUCCACUCUACAAACCACGCAGAGCAAACGUUCCGCAAAAUGGAAAAUUAUCUGCAGCAGAAACAGCUGUGCGAUGUUCUUCUCAUAGUAGGAGACCAGAAGAUUCCAGCUCACAGGUUGGUUCUCAGUGCAGUGUCUGAUUAUUUUGCUGCAAUGUUCACUAACGAUGUACGUGAAGCAAAACAAGAGGAGAUCAAGAUGGAGGGAGUGGACCCGGAUGCGCUGAAGGCUCUGGUGCGUUAUGCCUACACAGGUAUUCUAGAGUUAAAGGAAGACACUAUAGAAAGUUUGCUAGCUGCAGCUUGUCUUCUCCAGCUAUCCCAGGUCAUUGAGGUAUGCUGCAACUUUCUCAUGAAGCAGCUCCAUCCUUCCAACUGCCUGGGGAUCCGCUCCUUUGGGGAUGCUCAGGGCUGCACAGAGCUCCUGAAGGUGGCACACACAUACACUAUGGAACAUUUCACAGAAGUUAUUAAAAACCAGGAAUUUCUUUUACUCCCUGCUAAUGAGAUUGCAAAACUCCUGUCUAGCGAUGACAUCAAUGUUCCAGAUGAGGAGGUUAUAUUCCAGGCAUUAAUGAUGUGGGUGAGACAUGAUUUGCAAAACCGGCAACAAGAUCUGGGGAUGCUUCUAUCUUAUAUCAGACUGCCUCUACUUCCCCCUCAGUUGCUAGCCGAUCUAGAAAAUAGUCCAAUGUUUGCAGACGACCUAGAAUGCCAGAAACUUCUCAUGGAGGCUAUGAAGUACCAUCUCCUACCAGAAAGACGGUCUAUGAUGCAGAGCCCUCGAACAAAGCCUAGGAAGUCUACAGUGGGUGCACUUUAUGCUGUAGGAGGUAUGGAUGCCACUAAAGGCACCACUACAAUUGAAAAGUAUGACCUUAGGACUAAUAGCUGGUUACAAAUUGGUACCAUGAACGGCAGACGAUUACAGUUUGGAGUUGCAGUAAUUGACAACAAACUCUACAUUGUGGGAGGAAGAGAUGGUCUGAAAACCUCCAACAUUGUUGAAUGUUUCAACCCUAUCACCAAAGUCUGGACUAUAAUGCCUCCUAUGUCAACGCACAGACACGGCCUAGGAGUAGCAAUGCUGGAAGGACCAAUGUAUGCUGUUGGUGGCCAUGAUGGCUGGAGUUACCUGAACACUGUAGAAAGAUGGGACCCUCAAGCCCGGCAAUGGAAUUAUGUUGCUAGCAUGUCCACCCCCCGAAGCACUGUAGGGGUUGCAGCAUUAAAUAGCAAACUGUAUGCAGUUGGUGGACGAGAUGGGAGCUCCUGCUUAAAAUCAAUGGAAUGUUUUGAUCCACAUACAAACAAGUGGAGCCUAUGUGCUUCAAUGUCCAAGAGAAGAGGCGGUGUAGGUGUUGCAACAUACAAUGGGUUUUUAUAUGCUGUGGGAGGUCACGAUGCACCUGCUUCCAACCACUGCUCUCGACUUUCCGACUGUGUAGAAAGGUAUGACCCUAAAACAGACACUUGGACAACAGUGGCUCCGUUGAGCGUACCCCGGGAUGCUGUUGGAAUUUGCCCUCUGGGGGACAGACUUUAUGCUGUUGGUGGCUAUGAUGGCCACACAUACCUGGAUACUGUGGAGUCUUACGAUGCUCAAAAUAACGAGUGGACAGAGGAAGUUCCUGUCAAUAUUGGAAGGGCUGGAGCGUGUGUUGUUGUUGUGAAGUUGCCAUGAUGUCCAUACACACUGUGAAACCAAUCCGUGAGUGGGGUUUCAUGAAAACUGAGCUAGAGAAGAAACAUUUCUAGAAGGCAGGACAGCCCAUAAACAUCGUAACAGUCCUUCAUCAUAGAGAAUAAUUAUAUUGGGGCCAUAACGUUAUUAGAGCACAAGACUGGAGUCUUCCUGCACUGCAAAAUCCAGAUAAUUUUGAAAAAGUGAAUUAUUUUUUAAUGCCUAAUGCAUAAAAAUCAGAUGAUAUGUUUAAGUGGUUCAGGUUUGUUACAGAAAUUUAUCUGUUAUUUAUAAAAUGCAGUAGUAAGGUGAUGAAUGGAUGUAUAAGAGUUCAUAAACCUUUUUCUUUUUUAUGUUAGUGGUAAUGCUAAUGUUUAUAAAAAGAGAUUUUGUAUUUUAAGUAAACAAAAAUGAAUAAAAGAGAAAUACCUUCAAAACAAAACUGUACAGAAGGAAAUCAAAUGGACAUCAAAUGUAUUUGGCAACAGAAUAUUCUCCGUAGAAGAAACUUCAUUUCUAGAUUCAGAAGUUAGAUCACUAAAUUAACUUCAAAAUAAUCAUGUAAUAAAUCAAAGAGAAGCACAGAAUGUCUUUGCUAUUCCACAGUAAGGAGAAAAAAUAUCCAUUUUUAGCAGUAUUUUCAACCGGAUUGUACAAGAACUAGUAGGGCUAAAAUAUCUUUGUUUUCUUAUGUACGUGCCAACUGGAAAAUCUCAUUUGCCAAAACAAUACUAAUAUAAUUUCCAAUCACUUUCACAGUGCAUCUGUAUGUGAUAUUUUAAUUCCAACCAGUGUGUCAGGUUAUUGGUGGAUUUGUCUUUGCCCACUAACCAUCUGUUAGCAUUAUGUUAAACUUACUUGGCUAUUCAUGGACUAAUCACCAUGCACUAAAUUAAAAAAUAUAUAUAUAUAUAUCAUAUAAUUGCAUUCACUGAAUAUAACUUACAAAAUGAAGUUUUUAUAUCAUAUUGAUAUGAUGAUCCUUGAUCUCAGCUGAAGAUUACCAGCUUUGUCAUGUACAGUAGAAAAUCACAUGCACUGUGCAACGGUCUAUACCACUAAUACAAGCAUGUUCAUGUUUUGAGAUGAUUAAUGAAUAUUUACAUGCAUGAGGUUUUCUUUUUGUGUGCCAAUUUUUAAUGAAGUUUUCAUUUUCUUUCAGUAGUUUCAUUCUUGAUAAUUUCAAAUGCUGUAAGUGUAUUUUAAAGGAAGAAUGUAUGUAAGAUAUUCUAUGUCGUAAAGCACACUAUUUGGGCAGUAUCUACUUCAGUGUUAUAUCGUUGUUUUGUCAGUAUUAGAAAAUUCAGAACAGACAUGAAAUCUCCCUGAAGACACAACUAUGUGACUAACUUUCCUGACAGAAUGUCUUUUCAGAAAUCAGCAAUAUGGUAUUUUAACAAAUAUAUAGUAUUUAUCAUAUUGAACCCUUCUAAAAAGAAAAUCUUGUAAGCAUAUUUAUAAAA